AGUAACUUUUAGCUUUGUAAACCUUCACACUCGCACACAAAAGCCCGCGGAGUCGCGAGGAGAUAUUUUAAACUCACACUGCAGCAUUUUGCCUUCGGCUGCUUGAGCUGCAAACAUGGCGGACGUUAAGGCUGAGGCGAUCAACAUCUCAAUCAAGUCUACUGACGGCGAGGUGAACUUCAAGAUCAAGAAGUCAACUCGCAUGGGGAAAGUCUUCUCGGCUUUUGCGCAGAAGAAGGGCGUUGCGACGAACCACUACCGGUUCGUGUUUGACGGCAACCGAGUGGGCGAGGACGUGACCGCUGCCGAGGUGGGGUUGGAAGACGGCGACAGCAUCGAUGCCUUUGUGGAGCAGGAGGGCGGCAUCGAUGCCUUUGUGGAGCAGGAGGGCGGCAUCGAUGCCUUUGUGGAGCAGGAGGGCGGCAUCGAUGCCUUUGUGGAGCAGGAGGGCGGCACUAGGGCGGCACUAGAGCAGCAGUGGCACAGCCCUGUGCUGCGCCGUGGUGAGGAGCUGAUGGCAGGGUCUGUGUGUGUGGCGUGUGUGCGUGGCGUGCGUGUGGAGGGGGGGGGGCGGUAGUUCAUUCCAACCCCAAUGGAACCAAGACCAGCCCAGGGUUGUGUGGAGCGAGUGGCAUGAAAGCAUGGGAGGCGGUGGCGGUGGCAGCAGGUUUGCUUCAGUGGAGCAGGAGGUUUGCACUUUGCAGGGUGCCGUAAGUUGUUGCGGAAUGUAUCUUGGCGGCAAGGCGAGGCCGCUUUCUGGAUAGCGGCUGGAGCUGUUGUUGGUGUUGUCGACCAUGGCUGUAUGUAUGUGCGACAUGUUACACGACGAUGCAAUGACGUGGUGUGGUUUCGGGUGGUGCGCCAAUGCGUGGGAUCCCACCAUGGUGGUUUGUUGCAGGCAGGGGUGUGGGGGGAGCGAGGGGAGCGGCACACGGCGGCUCGUGGCCAUGCCGAUAGGGGUGGUAAUGGGUGGGGUUGCAAGGUGCCUGCUAUGGUCAGGCGGUGCCCGAAGCAAGGGGCAGGAACGCAGCAGUCCCUGGGGCAACGUGUGCGUGUGUGUGGCGGGGAGGCUGUGGGGCCGUGUGGACGGAUGUGUCGGUGCGGGUGCUCUCGCCCGCAUGCGCUGUGCGGGAGCGGGGGGGCGGUGUGCAGUCGCGCCGCAUCAUGUGCCGCAGGGUGGGGUAAAGACGGACAGACGGGUGGGGGUGGGGGGUAGUGGCGGUGCCGGGGGGCUGUGCUUGUGUGGAGGGAGAGGUCGAGUGGCGCUGGUGCCGUGCCUUUGUGUAGUCACUC